AUGUCCUCGGCCACCCUGCAGCCUGCCCAUCAAACACCAGCUUUGGCAUCACCGCCUCUAGUCGCAGCCUCACCGAAUAGCCGCCCCUACACGUCGAACCAUUCCUCUCCAACCCGCGAGGCGUACAAUGCGAAUCUGAAGACCACGACUUCCUCUCCUGCAUCUUCACACCGCCCCUCAGGACGACCGAGCGGAACCGGCGCGUCUGUAAACAGUCCGGAUCCAGUCUCGCCCAUGACGUCCCGAGCUGGCCCCGCCAGUCCCGUCGCCGUCGCGCCUUCCUCCCCAGACUACCAGUCUUCAUCCUCCGAACGACGAAAAAACAUGCCGCCCGUCGCCCCCCCUCGAACGUCUUCGACGAACUACACGGGCACCUCCAACAGCGCCUCCUCGAAAAGACGCGAUCACGCAGCCGAUAAGGCUGCCUCUUCCCCACGACGUGCCCAACCUGACGGCACCAACGGCAAUGCCGACUACUCUUAUUCAGACGACGCUGCUGCCUCUCGCAGCAGAAGAUCACACCAGCAAAUGGCUCCAGACUCCCCUCACCGCUCCAGCGGUCGCCCGGGAAGCCAGCCGACGGUAAUCCCUGUACGAUCCCAUGCGGCCCCGCAGUCGACCGCGUCUCCCAAGCAGCCUAUCCGUGAGGGAAGCGAUGUCCUGAACAGAAUGGUUGUUUCUCAACCCGAAGUAGAUGUCGCCCGCGAGAAGGAGCGGUUGGCGGAAGCUCAGCCUCAGCGCGUCGGCUCCUCCCACGACGACGCCGUGCCACCUCCAAUUGGCAUGUCCGAACACGACGAUGGCAGACGAGGAGGCAGAAGUCGACACGACCACUCUGGAAAACGCGACAAAGUUGUCAGAUUUGGUGACUACAUUCUCGGAAACACCAUUGGGGAGGGUGAGUUCGGAAAGGUCAAGCUCGGAUGGAAGCAGGACGGUGGUGUUCAAGUCGCUAUCAAGCUGAUCAAGCGAGACAGCGUUGGCAACAACCCCUCCAGAUUGGCCAAGAUCUACCGCGAAAUUGCCAUUCUGAGAGGCAUCUCUCACCCCAAUAUUGUUCGCCUGCACGAAAUGGUGGAGACAGAAAGACACAUUGGUAUCAUUCUCGAAUACGCAUCUGGUGGUGAGCUCUUCGACUACAUCCUCAACCACCGCUACCUGAAGGACAAUGCGGCACGUCGACUGUUCGCCCAGCUCGUUUCUGGUGUGGGCUAUUUGCACAAGAAGGGUAUCGUUCACCGAGAUCUCAAGUUGGAAAACCUGCUUUUGGACCGUAACCGCAACAUCAUCAUUACCGACUUCGGCUUCGCAAACACCUUCGAUGCCGAGGAAGAGCUUUCCGAAGAGGAAGAACUGAACCUUGGUGAUCGUGAAUUCGUCAAAAAGUUGGGACUUGAUAGGAUCAAAACCAACGGCACAAGGAAGGGCGAUCUGAUGCAAACGAGUUGCGGCAGUCCUUGCUACGCUGCACCCGAGCUCGUUGUUAGUGACUCGCUUUACACCGGUCGAAAAGUUGACGUGUGGAGUUGCGGUGUAAUCUUGUACGCGAUGUUGGCAGGCUAUCUUCCCUUCGACGAUGAUCCGGCGAACCCUGAGGGCGACAACAUCAAUCUCCUGUACAAAUAUAUUGUCAACACUCCUCUCACAUUCCCCGAAUACGUUACCCCCCACGCGCGCGACCUCCUCCGCCGAAUCCUUGUCCCCAACCCCAGGAAACGUGCCGAUCUCUUCGAGGUUGCCCGGCACAGUUGGCUGAGCGAGUAUGCCCACGUCGUGGAGUUCAUUACGAGUAGCACCACGACGCCUACUCAGAUUCAAAAUACAACAGUGCCUUCCGAGGAGCAGGAGGCAUCCGGUCUUGCUCGCAGCGCUUCUGUGCGCGAGUCGUCCAAGACGAAGGCCAAUACGCCCACAUCUGUGGGAGGUCUCGCCAGCAAGCAUGCGAAGAUCGACGCCGAUGCGGAGGCAGCCGCUAUUGCCAAGCAACAAAGGGACAACAAGCGCCGUACUGUACAGGUUGAAUAUGUUGCGCCGACGACGCAGACGCAAAGAGGAGAGUACGCAACCGGAAGUAAAUCGCGGGCGCGUUCAAACAGCCAGGGCCCCGUCGAAGUAGCCGAGGAGCCGGUUGCUGCAGAGAAGCCGCUGCCGAGAGACCCUCCCGUAUCAAGAGACUCGUACAGGUCCAGCAGACAAGGCACAAGACCGCCAAGUGCUCACCGGAACACGGCUGCGCCGCCGCCGACAAGACCGACCCGCGAUACUCGUGCAACCUCCGACAAUGCGUUCGUAUCAUCAGUCUCAAACCCACCGCCCACGGCGAGACCUCAGACAGGAGGCUCAAUGGCAUCAGGCUCCAUGGGACUGGGAGCCGGUGCCCGAGGAUCGUACGGCCAACCUAUUCCCCCGGCCGUCGCAGGUACUAAUGCUCAAGGAAGGAUCCAACAACCGAACUCCCAGGACCCGCAAGCCAUGGGACGACCCAGCGUCGCCGUCCCCGCCAAAUUCGCCAAAGUCGCCGGUUUCCCCGAACAGCAGCAACCCCCGCAGAGCCAGACACCGUCUCAAUCGAGCGACGGCAGAAGCCACGGCCACAAGCGAUCCAACACUAUUGGUGACCUUGGAUCGAAGUUGCUGGGUCGAAACGGGUCCAUUUUCGGUGGUAAGAACCGCAGCAAACGGCCCGAUUCGCAGAGCGCAAACCGGAAGUAUCCUCCAGUCAGCAUGCCUAACAACAUGCCGCUCGAGGGUCAACCCCGUCCUUCGAUCGACUCCAGGGCGUCCCGGCGGUCCUUCUCACUGGGUCUCGGCAAGAAGCGAAGCGGUAGCAUCGCAGAUUCGCAAACUUCUCGCGAGAAGCCAAACAGGCGGUUUUCACUCAUUCCUCAGUCAUUCUCGUUGAAGGCCAUCGGGCUUGGCAGGGAUUAUGACCACCACCCACCACCGUCCGAGCCUCAGUCUCAACCCGACUUGCCUAUCCAAGAUCCCCCUGAGGUCGACGAGCAUGGCAGGUAUGUGGAUCAGCGGGGCCAACCUCGUGGUUACGAUGGAGGAUACGACCAAGGCUAUCGCCAACCUGGGUCCAACUCAGCACCGCAACUCCAACGUCAAGGCUGGCAGGAGCAGCAGGGCCAGGAUCAAUACAUGGGCCCGAUCGGUCAACCAAGCGCGGUGCCCGGCCACAUGCAGCAUGGCGCCACAUUGAACACUGGAUCCGAAUCAUCCUUUGAGAAUCCUCAAUCACGAAGACGGUCAGGAAUUCCGCAGCCAACUGGUGGCUUCAGCUCUGAAGGCUACGACGGAGGCCGAGGAAACGGCCGGUCGGGCGUGCUACAGAAGAAUAAGAGAUUCACGGACGCCUACAACCAGGACCAAUACCACGGCCACCAAGGCAGCAGCGGAGCAGCCAAGAGAGUCAUGGACUUCUUCCGCCGGCGGGGCAAGGCGAGAGGCGGCGAAGAGAGAUAG